AGGUGUCCUUCUUCGGUCAAGUUGACAUCUACUCAAAAGAGUACAGCAGACCCAGUGUGGAAUGAGCAGGUGGUGUUUAAGGAGAUGUUUCCUCCACUGUGUCAAAGACUGAAGAUUCGGGUUCUGGAUGAAGGAAGCAUGAAUGAUGUGGCCAUUGGGACUCACUUUAUUGAUCUGCACACCAUCUCAAAUGACAAUGAUGGAGACAAUGGUUUCUUGCCCACAUUUGGACCGGCAUGGAUCAACAUCUAUGGCUCUCUUCGUAAUUCCGCACUGGUGGAUGACAGCCAGGAGCUAAACGAGGGUGUUGGGGAGGGGGUGUCCUAUCGAGGCAGGGUUUACAUAGAGCUAAGUGUGGAGAUCCUUUCUGGAGGUGCUGCCGAAUCUAAAUCCCAGCUCUCUGCAAAGAUCGGUCUGAAAGAUGUCAAGGGUGGGAAAGCCAUUGCUAAAGAUCCCAAAACUGGAGCAGGGGCAGGAGGUGAGGAGGAGAAAAGCAAGACCAUGGGACCAGAGGUCAUGCCAGUGGAGCACCCAGAGAAGAUUGGUGAUGAAGACAUGGAAACCUUCCUGCUCUUUGGCUCUGUUUUUGAGGCCUCUAUGAUUGACAGAAGAAUCGGUGACAAACCAAUCAGCCUUGAGUUUACCAUUGGUAACUUUGGGAACUUAAUAGAUGGUGCUGCACCACUCCAUGCAAAGAAAAAGGUUGAAGACGUGUCAGUGACCACUCCUCUUCUGGACACUAUAGCAUCAAUCCCAUGCAAAUCUACUACAGCACCAGAGAAGCCCCUUUUCGGAGAUGCACAGAGGCACUACAUGUACCUGCCCAUCUCAACGCGAAAGCCGUGCAUGUAUGUUUAUAGCAGCUGGGAAGAUCGAGCAUACCGACUCCAUUACUCCAACAUGCUGGACACAACUGCCUUGAUGUUUGAGGAAGGAGUCGCUAAGGUAUCAAAACUGGAUAAAAUGUUGGAUCCAGAGGCUGAGACUCUCAUGCAACAUGUUCUUCAAGAGUUCUGCAGGGAUGCCAGGGAGUUUAUUGCUUUUGCUGAAAAGAAGGUUAAGGGCGCCAACUUGACCUUACUGGACAAAAAGAGACUCACUCUAUGCAAACAAGAACUGGAGAGCAUGACUGAAGUAGCAGGAGGAAUCCUUGAGCCAAAGAGAAGAUCUUUGACAGUCAAAGAGAUGCUGCAGGAAGUUCAGAAAAUCAAAAAGAAACUGAGAUUUCUGGUGGAAGAGCCUCAACACACAUUACCAGAUGUGUUUGUGUGCAUGGUCAGCAAUAACAAGCGUUUGGCGUAUGCCAGAAUCCCUGCUCGUCACCUGCUCUUCUCAGACAACCCAGAACAGAGAGGAAGAGACUGUGGAAAAAUCAAGACCCUGUUCCUCAAGCCUCCAGGGAAGCAUGGACCAGGGUGGACAGUCCAGGCUAAACUUGAUGUGUAUCUCUGGCUGGGAACUUGCGAGGAUUCAUCCCACAUGUUGGAGAAUCUCCCAUCAGGCUUUGAGCUGGAAAGUCUGUCGUCUGAGAACACAAGCGGUUCUCCUCCUGAGAAUUUACUUUAUUCAGAGAAGCACAUGUUCCAGCUGAGGGCUCAUAUGUACCAGGCUCGUGGUCUCAUCGCUGCAGACAACACAGGCCUCUCAGAUCCCUUUGCCUGGGUGUCCUUUCUGUCCAAUAGCCAAAGCACUGGUAUCAUCAAGCAAACUUUGACACCCACUUGGAACCAGAUGCUUCAGUUCAAAAACAUUUCUCUGUAUGGAGGGCUCCAUGAUAUAGUCCAAGAGCCUCCAACAAUUGUGAUUGAAGUGUAUGAUGAUGAUGCAGUGGGUACAGAGUAUCUGGGGUCGACAGUGGCUCUACCAGUGGUCAAACUGUCAGAGGAGCGAUACUCCCCCACUCAGCUGCAGUACAGCCCACUCUUCUGUGGAGGCCUGUCAGGAGGAGACAUACUGGGAGCCUUUGAACUCAUUCAGGUCUCACAGUCAGGUGAGGACACACUCCCUGACUUAGAUGAGCCAGAUGGAGGGGUUUAUCCAGUUCCCUCAUACAUCCGACCUGUGCUUUGCAUGUACAGAAUUGAGGUUUUGUUCUGGGGCCUAAGAGAGCUUAAGAAAGUUCAGCUCUUAUCUGUUGAUCGGCCUCAAGUUUUCAUCAAGUGUGCAGGAGCAGGCGUCAACUCCUCAGUGAUACAGAGUUACAAGAAAAACCCAAACUUCACAAUGCUCGUGGAUGCCUUUGAUGUGGAGCUGCCUGAAAAUGAACACCUUCUCCCGCCUCUCACCAUCACUGUGGUGGAUUGGAGGGCCUUUGGGCGCAGCACACUUGUGGGGAGUCAUAUGAUUAACAACUUGGCCUUAUUCAAACACACCCCUACAUUAACCCAACAGCCCCAACCAGAGCCCAGAAACACAGCAGUGGCUCUACUGGGCAUUCAGCAGAGUGUUGUGCCACUGCCAGAGGAGGAGUUUGCCAUAGAGAUUGAGCAGGAGAGGACACUAACCCCACUCCCCAAAACUGAGUCAGAAUUUCAGGACAGGAGGCCGGUAUCAAAGAAGAGCAAGUGGAGGUCUACAAAAAGAAAGAAACGCACCACGGCUGAUGAGUCUGCUGAUAACGUCAUUGAUUGGUGGUCUAAAUACUAUGCAUCGGUGGAGAGGACCAACCUGGCAAAGCAAAAAGAAAACAAUCCAUUUCCACUGCUCUUUGACAGUGUACCUCCCCUGGAGAACGUUAUUUCAGAAGGAUUGACCAAUCUGGCAUCAGGUUUUAAGGACAGAAAAAAAGAGAUGAAUUUCAAGAGUGUGUCAGAACAGCCCAGACUUGCAACAUUACAGGUUUAUGACAAAGAGCUGGAGGCUGAGUUUGGGCCUUUUGAUGACUGGGUUAAAACCUUUGAACUCUAUCGAGGAAAAGCCAAUGAGGAAGAAGGCUCUGCUGAGGAAAGAUUUGUUGGGAAGUUCAAGGGCAGGUUCUGUCUGUAUAAGCUGCAAGAAACAGAUGAUGAUAAGGAAGAAGGAUAUUUGGAUUCUGGGCAGUUUAAGAUAAACCAGGGCAUACCUCCUAACACUGCAGUGAGCGUCUUAAUCCGUGUGUACAUAGUUGCAGCCUUCAACUUGCACCCAGCGGACCCAGAUGGCAAAGCAGACCCUUACAUUGUGCUGAAACUUGGGAAAACUGAAAUCAAAGACAGAGUCAACUACAUCCCAAAGCAGCUUAACCCAGUGUUUGGAAGAUCCUUUGAAAUUCAAUCCACUUUCCCCAAGGAGUCCCUGCUAACUAUUCUAAUCUACGAUUAUGAUACUGUUGGUGGAGAUGAUUUGAUUGGAGAAACACAUAUUGAUUUGGAGAACCGUUAUUACAGCAGGCAUCGGGCUACCUGUGGUCUGCCUACUGAAUAUGUAAUUGAAGGUUAUAACGCAUGGAGGGACUCCAUCAAGCCAACUGAACUGUUGAUUAAGCUUUGCAAGGAAAACAGAUUGGACAAUCCUUGCUUCAGUCCUGGACGAAUUACCAUCGGAAACAAAGUCUUCACGGGUAAAACUGUAUUUCCAGAUGAAGAUCAGAUGGUGGAGUCAUACGAACACCUGGCUUUAAAGGUGCUGCACAAGUGGUCUGAGAUGCCAGGAGUGGACUGUAAACUUGUCCCAGAGCAUAUUGAAACAAGGACCCUCUACCUCAAAGACAAACCAGGAAUGGACCAGGGCCAGUUGCAGAUGUGGGUAGACAUUUUUCCAAUGGAUAUGCCGCAUCCUGGCCCUCCAGUGGACAUCUCCCCUCGCAAACCAAAAGGGUAUGAACUAAGAAUUAUUAUCUGGAACACUGAAGAUGUUAUACUGGAGGACACAAACUUCAUAACAGGACAGCAGUCAAGUGACAUUUACGUCAAAGGGUGGUUAAAGGGUCUUGAAGAUGAUGGUCAGGAGACAGAUGUCCAUUACAAUUCCCUGACUGGGGAGGGCAACUUCAACUGGCGCUUUGUUUUCCCCUUCAACUACCUGCCGGCUGAGAAAGUCUUGGUGGUAAAGAAACGAGAAAAUAUCUAUUCUCUUGACAAAACUGAGCAGAAGAUCCCUGCAGUCCUUGUUAUGCAGGUGUGGGACUUUGAGAGGCUCUCUUCUGAUGACUUCCUGGGCUCAGUGGAGUUGGACCUGCAUGGGUUUCCACGUGGUGCGAAAUCAGCUAAAGCCUGUAAGAUGGAGAUGCUGACAGAAAGCACUGAGAACAUUUCUAUCUUCCAGCAGAAACGCUCCAAAGGCUGGUGGCCCUUCAUUAAAGCUGGAGACCUCACGGGGAAGGUUGAAGCGGAGUUCCACCUGGUGACAGCUGAAGAGGCAGAGAAAAAUCCAGUUGGUCGUGCACGCAAAGAGCCAGAGCCUCUAGAGAAACCAAAUCGGCCGGACACAUCCUUCUCCUGGUUUAUGAAUCCUUUCAAGUGCUUCUUUCACCUGAUCUGGGGGAACUACAAGAAAUACAUCAUUGCAGGCCUGGUGCUGCUGAUUGUGACCUUGUUCUUGGUUCUUAUCUUCUACACCCUACCAGGGGCAAUCAGUAGUAAAAUAGUCAAUGGUUGAGCAAAUCACACCAAUAUAAAUUAACUGAACACAAUGAAGCAGCACAGAUCUGUUUGUGUUGUUUCUUUAAUGCAAUGAAAGCUUGUUACACAAUUUAACACUUGCACUGCUGGUAAAUGGACUAUCCAGAAGCAUAGCAUGUCUGGCUGUGUUGAUUUUAGGAACAAUCCUGUAUUUUACUUUAUAUAUCCACACACCACUGUAUGUGAAUUCACAAUUUAAAUGAAUAGUCUAAUUACCAUUAAACAUCAUUAAAACACUGUACAUAGAAUAUUCAAAUGAUCAGUUCAUAUACUGUAUGUAGGAAGAACAUUUUAAUUUUUUUAAUUAGAGUCUACCUAGUGUAAAAAGAUGGACUUUGUCCUAAACCUAUUCUAAUGUGGAGCUUUAAAACGUGUUAAAUGAUUAUGAAAUGCCAUUGAACCUGACUCAAAAUUAACAUUUGUUGAAACACAAUUUCAUAAAACAAGCAAGCUCAACCACAUAUGCACAGUGUAAAUGUGUUAUAAAUGGUUUAAAUGGCCAUAUAUCAUAGGGUUUAUGAAACACAUUGUGCACUGUCAUACAUAAAUAUUGUGCAAUUAUGAUGCGGAUGCUUUGUUGCUUCUCAUAAUCCUAAUAAAAUUAUUUUUGAUAAAUAUUAUAUAAAGCAUUGAUAAAACUGUCCAAUAAAUGCACAUAUUAAGAUAAAAAUACAAAAUAAAUAUAUAAGAUUAAGUUUUAAUUCAAAGAUAAGUUUGAAAUUAGCUAAUAUUCAUAUCUUGUGAUUUUAUAUCCUCAAAGCUCCCACUCCUGUCCUGAACUGUAAAAUAUUCAGUCUCAAUACUUUAUUUGCAAGUCACUUUUCAUAAAAAAAUAAUACAAUUUGGAUAUAAAUACCAAAAGUAAUACAGCUCUUGGUAGAGUUUUCUCUUUUACUGAGACACUAAUUAUCCUCAAUUAUUUUCUACACACUCUAUCAGCUAAACAAUCCAACCCAUUACAUCAGCCACCAAAACAAACACUCAUUUCCCCUAACUACAUUCACCACUUUUCACACAAGUGAUUGUUCAACCACGUUUGCAAAACUCUACCAAUCUGCUUAAAAUCUAACACAUAUCAGCACAUUUUGAAUGGAAUAUUAUGCUCAUUUAGAACGCACUGUUAUUCAAUAGUAAUCAACAAAUGCAACUUUCAGCAUGGUUAUAACAAAAAAUGUCAUUUGUCAAAGAACAAUUAUGCCACUAUAAUGAAGAGAGACAUAUUUCAAGGAAUGGAGCAUUUUAACCUUGAUCUCGUCUUCAGCCAAUCAGAUGACUCUGUGCUGCCAUCAUCCUUUUCAUACAGCUCAGUUUACUGAAGAAUGUACUGCACAAUCACUUAAAGGGAUAGUUCAACCAAAAUGUUUAAUUCCCACAUCAUUUACUCACCCUCAUGCCAUCCCAGGUGUGUAUGACUUUCUUUCUUUUGAAAAAAAAAUAUAUAUAUAUAUAAUUAGUAUUUUAUCUCUGUAGGUCCAUAAAAUGCAAGUGAAUGGUGACCAGACAUUUCAAAAAGUGAAAGAAUGUGAAAGUGGACAUUUAUAGUAAAAAAUGACAUUCAUAUUGAUCUGUUUCUCACCCAGACUUAUAUCAUUUCUUAUAUCACUUCUAAAGAUAUCGAUUUAACCACUGUAGUCUCAUGGAUUACUUUCAUGUUUCCUUUGUGAUUUUUGGAGCUUCAAAGGUUUGAUCACCAUUCACUUGCAUUGUAUGGACGUACACAGCUGAAUUAUUCUUCUAAAAAUCAUAGUUUGUGUCUGGGAUGACAUGAGGGCGAGUAAAUUAUCUGAGAAUUGUAAUUUUUGGGUGAACAAUCCCUUUAAUUCUACUUCAUUUUGAUUAAUAUGAUGGAAAUAAGCUGAGGUUGUUCUAAAGAAAAUAAAUGGUGUGUGUGAGGGGUAUUCAGUGUAAGUUUGUGCAUUUGAUUGCUUUUCUGUGCAUGCAAUCUGAAGGCAAAAAGAAUGAAUUCAACUGAACAAAAAAAAAAAAAUGAAUAAGCUUAAUAUAGUCAUAUAUGAUCAAUGUGUGGAAUUCAUUCUGUAUUCAUAGUCUUGGGAAAAUGGUGACUCCUUUUUUGUGUGUGUGCCAAAUAUAAAACUUUAUUAACCAUUAAAUUUGACCUUUUUGAAACCACACCUUCUUCAUUACUUAGUGUUA